UCAUCAAUGGAACCAGCCAAAACGCUCACUUUUCUGUCUGAGGAAAACACCCUCGAUUCCCGUUUCGUUCGUGACGAAGAUGAGCGUCCAAAAGUGGCUUACAAUGAAUUCAGCGACGAGAUUCCAGUUAUUUCACUGGCUGGAAUCGAUGAGGUGAAUGGGCGCAGAGAAGAGAUAUGUAAGAAGAUUGUGGAGGCUUUUGAGGAGUGGGGAAUAUUUCAGAUUGUUGAUCACAGUGUGGACACUAAACUCGUGUCGGAGAUGACACGUCUUGCAAAAGAGUUCUUCGCAUUGCCACCAGAAGAGAAGCUUAUCUUUGACAUGACCGGUGGCAAGAAGGGUGGUUUCUUAGUCUCCAGCCACCUUCAAGGAGAAGCGGUGCAGGAUUGGAGAGAGAUAGUAAUAUAUUUUUCACAGCCAAUUAAGAAUAGGGAUUAUUCGAGGUGGCCAGAGAAGCCAGAAGGAUGGAGAAAGGUGACGGAAGAGUACAGCGAGAAGUUGAUGGAUUUGUCAUGCAAGCUUUUGGAGGUUUUGUCAGAAGCAAUGGAAUUGGAUAAGGAAGCAUUGAAGAAGGCAUGUGUGGAUAUGGACCAAAAGAUUGUCGUGAAUUUCUACCCCAAAUGCCCUCAACCAGAGCUAACGCUUGGGGUGAAGAGGCACACAGACCCAGGUACCAUAACACUGCUCCUUCAAGACGAGGUUGGUGGACUUCAAGCUACAAGAGAUAAUGGCAACACAUGGAUCACCGUUCAGCCUAUUCAUGGAGCUUUCGUCGUCAACCUUGGAGAUCAUGGUCAUUAUCUGAGCAAUGGAAGGUUCAAGAAUGCUGAUCACCAAGCAGUGGUGAACUCAAACUGCAGCCGUUUGUCCAUAGCGACAUUCCAAAACCCAGCACAAGAGGCAACUGUGUAUCCUCUAAAGGUUAGAGAGGGAGAGAAGCCUGUGAUGGAGAAAGCAAUAUCAUUCGCGGAGAUGUAUAGGAGGAAAAUGAGCGAAGACCUUGAGAUUGCGAGGCUAAAGAAGCUUGCCAAAGAGAAGCAUUUGCAGGACUUGGAUAAUGUCAAACUUGAGGCCAAGCCUCUCGAUGAGAUUCUUGCCUAA